GUUCGCAGUUCGAGGAGCAUCGUUAUUCCCGACUCUAAGUUUCUCUCAUCGUUUUUUCCUUUUCAAUUUUUUUUUUCCCUCAGAAUCUCAGCGCAGAACGCUAUAUCCUGCCGUUCGUCAGCCAGCCACAUGAAAGCAAGUAUGAAGCUGUGAAAUUUGAAAGCAGCAAGCAACAGCAUCAUCCCGCGUGGCCUGACGCCUUCAUGCAGUAAGUGCAUCAUCUGCAUUCCUCCCAGCGGAUGGAGCCACCUCCGUUGAUUGUAAGGGUCAAAGGCCCGACGAGGAUCGCUGGACUUUCUGGAUCGUGUUGGUCUGGACAACCAUGCUGCAGCUGCUAUAAUGGACUCAAUGUGCAGCCUCCAUCUGUUCAGACGAGGGUAACCCUGGCUUCGUCAACGAACCACCAGAAUGUAAACAUUGAGCCCAACCUAUUCUUCCCGCAAGGAAAAUAACAUCACGUCACGUUCUCUGGCUUCGAUACGCAGGGCGUUAAUGGGUCGGAAGAGGAGCCUGGAAAGCUGCUGGCAUAAGACGAGAAGAAUCCAGUCUUGUCUUGGAUCCUGAUUGAAGGAGCCUGUUGCGAAGCAGCACAAGCAAAGGUGGUUGUGAGUAUGAGCCUCGAGUGGACCAUGAUGAACGUUGUACAAGCGACACCCGAGCAGCAAAUUGAGAUGUUCAGUGGCCUGCCUCAACCAUGGAACUUUGCACCUCUCUGCACGGGUGCAAGACUGGGAAUAUAAAGAUCUGGUUCGUGUCACCAUGCCCCGUCCAGAGUUUGCGUGAAACUAGCUUUUGCAUCUCGUACAUUUUGCACGGACCGAACAUCGUGCAGUGCAAGAAAAGUGUAGACAAAGGCAAACACCCACAAUGGGCAAACGACAUGGACUAUCAAGCACCGCCGACGGUUCGCAUCCGAGCCCUCGGCGGACGCCUCCGCGCGUUACCCGAUCUUCUCUGUACAACGAGGUGGGUGGGACCUGGGCCUAUCGCUCGUACAAAGUCUAUUCCACCAGCCCCCAUCGUUACGUCCUCACACGCCAUCGUGGAUCGCUACGACGAGCACGUCCUAAGCCGUUCCCCCCGGGGGGAGACUGUAGGACUCCUCGCUUGCAGAAGCAAGGCGCCACAAAGACCAGACGUGGUGCGUUGACGAGGAACGGUACAGCUGUAAGUCUCGGCAAAGGGUUUGCUUUGCGAGAGAGAGAGAGAGAAAGAAAGAGAGCAGAUCGUUUCCCGCCGUCGUUGCGCGUACGCGGAAGGUGUCGGCCACCUGCGCCGUUGCUCGGGGCCCAUGCUGCGGACACUAGACUCGUGAGCACGCAUGACCGUAAAAACAGAGCAUUCGGUUGCACCCCUUCGCACUGGGAAGCCCGAUGGCCAGGUCGGGCGAACUCCAUGAGUUCGAUAUGCAAGGCCGUUGUGCUACGAUUGACGUCCGCUACCUCUCGUCCAUCCAACGGCCCGGCGAAACGAAUGAUCACUUAGCCCUCUAUUGGUUUUGUGACUCGCCGUGUGGAAUAUAUUCUCGGCUCCAUCUCCAUCGAGUCGCCGAGCAUUUGGGAAAAGGAAUUUUGCCAGCCCUGUUCACCGUAGAGCAUUGCAGCGUCACGCGGCCUUCUCGACUGACCAACUAUUAGUUCGUGGCGAUUGGGCUCGAGAAUUGGCCUUUCCUCGAGUCUUUGAUCUCUAAAGCUGGCCGCCCACCUUUCUUUUCUCCCUUCGUGGCCAUGUAGAAUGGCAGGAAGUCCUACUGCUCGGCUACUCUGGAUCCAGCGCGCCAGGCGUCUGCAUUUCGACAUCUCUUCAGCCCGUCACGGUAGCAGAGUUAAGAGCUUGGCAUUCUUGUAGUGAAUUGGGUCAAGCACGCAUGGCAAGUCGACCUCUGCUAAGACGAGCUAUGCUGCAACCGGCUCCAGGCAUGCACGUACGUGCAACCGCGCUACCGUGGAAACAGCUCCGAGCCCAAAGCACGCCCGGAUGAUGUCUCGAGGUUCCAAGAAGACGACCCCGUGCUGCUCGGUUCACCGUCCCCUCGCGAUCCUCUCGGGUCUCGGCUUCCACCCAAAGACGGACGUUCGGAUGUGGAUGCGUACGGGGAGACGCGCACAGAGAUCUUGCCUGCGCUGCGUGGGUGGUAACAGUUGCUAAAAGCGGCUGGACAGAGAAACAAGGGCAGUAGAUGUGGUAAAUGGGAACGACGGCCUCGGCUGCACAAUCGUGUUAUACAGUACGAAAGCGUAGCACAAUUGCGUGCUGAAUGAACCGACGCUGGCGUCGCUAGUGAAUCAUCAAGACUAUCGACAAGCUUCGAGCUGCUGUCUUGUAGCAAUCUUUCAUCGAUGAACGCAGAGAUGCAGAAUGUUCUAUGUUGUAUUUUUAUUUACAUUGGCAAGGCUCGUUAAUUAGUACAAACUAGUCGUCUACGACAGGUUCCGU